AUGGAAAACUCAGAGGAAAUAGAAAAGAAGAGAAAGAAGGUAGAAGAAGAGAGUGAUCUUCUUACUCUUUCGCUAUCACGCCGUUCAGUAAGAGCCAGACAGAAUCCCCCUCCAGAGGUACCGCCAAUACCAUCCCAAUCCCAAUCAGUCACAGUUCAGUUUAAUAUGUCACAUACCUCACCACAUCAACAAUUACCCUUUCAAUUACCAUCGAAUCCUCAAGGCUCAACUAACCUUCGUGAAGGCACAUUGUCCCCACCUGUUCGCCCUCGUCGUACACGAACUCAAGGUCCACGCGAAGAGAAUAAUGAAAUCAUCCCUCCACCAUUCCCAUGGGCCACCAAUCGCAAAGCUACUGUCCACAGCCUCAAUUAUCUCUAUCAAAACCAAAUUUUAACUAUCACAGGAGACGUUCAGUGCAAGAGGUGCGAUCGCAAGUUCGGGAUGGAGUAUAAUCUGAAGGAGAAAUUCGAUCAAGUUAAGAAUUACAUUUCGAUGAAAGAAUCCACCAUGCGUGAUAGGGCCCCAGACGUUUGGACCAGUCCAAUGUUGCCAACUUGCAAGUAUUGCGGACAAGAAAAUAGCCUUAAACCCAUCGUUGCGCAGAGAAAAAAAUCAAUUAAUUGGCUAUUUCUAUGGCUAGGGCAAAUGCUGGGUUGUUGCACGCUUGACCAAUUGAAAUAUUUUUGCAAGCACAACAAAAAGCAUCGGACUGGUGCCAAAGAUCGAGUUCUUUAUCUCACUUAUCUUGAACUCUUCAAACAGCUCGAUCCCAAUUUCGUCCUCAAUCAUCCAUUUUAG